AUGAAGGCGCAGUCGCCCCCGCGGGGGCGCCCGAGAGGCGGAAUACUCCAAUGGCGGCGCGAUCGCGUCGGCGUGAGAGCGUUCCGCGUCUCGCCGAAACCUCGACAUACAGCUUUAGGUCUGGACAUUCUUCACGUGCAUCGUCCCAAGAAGAACGUUCUCUCUAAUGUAUGCUGUGCCGACUCCCAGAAGGAGAGUCGCGUGGGGUUAAUUUUGUUCGAUAUCGCCAAGGCGGCUGAAUAUACGCUACGCUCGCUAUGGGUGCUACAAGAGUAUUCGUCGAGCAAUUUCUCGUUUUUUCUCGUCAAAGAU